CCAUGAUCACCUCAUUCCGUUGUAGUUGAUUUGGCUGAGUCCACCGCGUCGCACGAGCCAUGGCCCGCGACCGUGCUUGCGCGCUGCCGUGCUGACGCGCGGCCGACGUGCACAUGGGCGGCCAAGCCGGCGCGCCCCCGGUGCGCGCACGCCCGGGGCCCACGGUGCGCAGAGCCGCGGCAGCCGCCGUCACCGUGGCGGCCGCCGGGCUGGCGACAGCCAGGCAUGGGCUGCCCGCGGCAACGCUUGGACGGAGCUCAUCCUUCCGCGCCAGCGCCACGGCCCCCAGCCCCAGAGCCACGGCCUUCCGUGCCAGCGCCGGCGGCACGGCCUUCCGCGCGACGGCCGCCACGGGCACAGGCGCCCCCGCACGCGGAGCCGCCGCUGCGGCCUCCAUGUGGGCGACAGCCGGGCUGGGGCUGACCGCGGAGGCGCUGGGGUGCAGGGCGGUCAUGGCCCCAGGCGCUUCCGCGCGCGGAGCCUGGCCUUCCGCGCCGGCGGCUGCGCCGCCUCCGCCCGAACGUGCCGCGGCCGGCCGCUUCAGGCGCUCGGCGCGCCGCGCUGGCGCAAGCUCGGUGGCGGAGGGCGGGCUGGUGCGGUUCGUGUGGGAGGAGUCGGAGGAGAGGGUCGGAGUGGUCAUCGCCGAGCAAUGACACUUUCGUUUGGUGCAGCCGCUGCGUCGCGAUGAUCAGCCCAGCGCCGCGGGCGGCCACGGCGUCGGCCGCUGGGUGGAGGACGACGACGCGGAGGUCUUGCAGCUGGAGGCUUCCGCGAUGGAGCCAGCUGACGGCGAAGCCCACCCCGACCACGACGGAGUCUGGCUCUUGCCGGGUUGACCGGGCGUUUUCUGAUAGCAUCUGAUGGCAUGGUCCGGCAAGUUGCGCGGCGGAUGGGCGCCCAAAGCACGGGGACCGAUGGUUGAGGAAGCCGUUUGGUGAAAAAGCGUGCGUGCGAACGCGUGCUGUCGUCCACGCGGAAUGCUUAGGGCAGCAGUUGAUCGCGGGUCGCAUGGAAGCGAGCGCGCUUCGGAUGACGGGUGAGGCAUGAUUAUUUCUCGUUUUGCUCCUGCAUCUUCUCGGCGCCCCGACGGCAGCGCGCGCCUCCGCAUCUCCUCGCUGCCCCGCGCGCGCUCGCGGCGGCCGCGCGGGGGCCGCCCCGCAUCUCCGGGGGGAGGGCCGCGCAGGUGGAGCACCCGCGGCUCCCUUGCGGAGGAAGGGACGCCCCGCGCAUGCUUGCGCGAAGGCCCGGCGGCGCGCACGAGUCGGUGACCUUGGGCGUCGCUUCAUGAGGGACAGGCCCGACUUAAACGUAGCAAGAGGGCCUCGGAGCGCGCGUUUCGACCCCCGCGCCGGGCAGCUUCGGGAUCUCGUGUCAGAGCCCCGUGGCACCACCUGGAGACGAUGCCAGCAGCAGGCAGAAGAUCGGCC